CCGUCGUUCCAUCCCUGUACUUUGCGACGCUUAACGGGCUGCACUUUCUUUACAUCAUCUAAAUAAUCACGUCCGACGAAGGCUUGGACCGACUUAAUCUUGAAAUUACAGCCCGCACGAUGAGCAAAAAUGGAGAAAACAACGACGAGGAAACAUGGCAAGACGAGGACUUUCUGUCACUUUCGAUACCUGCAGACAACACCGGCAAUGAUUUCGAUUCCCCGGAAGAAGAUGUCGAUGAAGACAUGGAUACUUCAACCUCGUCGGAAGACGAUCCUUUGCCCCCAUGGAUUGAGCAUCACGAUAUAGGUUUGCAGAAAGCGCAUGCAGCUACAGCUUUACACAACGAAAUUGUUCAAUUUGUCCGUCUCAUGGAACCAAUGCCGGAAGAGAUACGACAACGCGAGGACCUCGUGAAGCGGGUUGAAGAACUGGUACAUCGGACGUUCGAUAACGCCCAAGUCCAUGUGUUUGGCUCUCAGGCAACUGGCCUCUUUUUGCCUUCCUCCGAUGUCGACCUUUUGGUAAUAACGAACGAAAAGGCAAACGACGAGACAUCGCAACCAGACAGACAGGAGGACUGGCAGAAACCAUCGGGGAGUCCAUUGGAUCGAUUUGAGUCUGUGCUACGAGAAGACUGGCUAAUGGAACUAUCAUAUUUGGAGGUUAUAGGGAACACCAAAGUGCCUUUGGUCAAGUUUACGCACGCACCCACCAACAUUUCGGUGGACGUGUGUUUCGACCAAGAGAGUGGCCCAGGGGCCGCACAACUAAUGAAGACAUAUCUAGAGGCACUCCCACCUCUGCGACCACUAACUUUUGUUUUGAAAUACUUUUUGUCAGCGAGAGGCCUAAACGAGCCCUAUAGCGGUGGAGUUGGAUCGUAUUUGCUGCAGCUCAUGAUUGUCUCGUUUCUGCAGCAUCGGGAGCGCGAUGCAUACAACUACCGUCGUCCGAGUUUAAACAACCUGGGGUGCCUGUUACUCGAAUUUUUGGAACUCUAUGGCAUUGGCUUCAACUACACCACGACGGGGAUUUCCGUACGGAACGAUGGCUUUUACUUUCCCAAGGGUUCAUCGGAGCGUAAGGAAAUAUUUUGGCAACCGUCCCGGGUGUUUAUGAUUGGCAUGGAGAAUCCUCUCGAAACGACAAUGGACGUUGGGAGAUCAUCCUUCCGAAUUCGUGUAGUCCAAGGGGCAUUUGCCGCAGCCUAUCGUGUUUUGUUGACAUACAUGGCGGUUCCUUUACAGCCCACAUCAUCCAUUCUGGCUUCCAUUCUACCUCCUACGCAAGAAAUGCGACAACGGCGCUUUCUCAAACGAAAGUCCAAGCGCAUAGCUAACAGUAAAGCAAGUCCAAGCAACGAUUGUGUCGUCAAGCGGAGGAGAAUGAACUGACGUGUCUUUUUGGAGACACUUGUCACAAGGUGUGCUAUUUUUAUCAUCUGGAAUAUAUUAACUCUAAACCAAAUCACUUACCAGUGCCGAUGUAUGACGUCCCCUGCAAAGUAGCCAAAGGAAACAAGAACUCGAAAUAAACGAGGUAAAGAAAACAAUAGACGAUGCAGAUCUAACAGAAUUCAUUUGACAUUAACGCUGAAGAACAAUGAAUGCGACAACAGACACGACGCUUGGAUUGUUAUGUACGUGGAAGGCACAUUAUCAAAACAUAAAUCGAAAUCACCAACACACGAGACUGCCACCUUUUGUUUCCAACGUCACAAACAUUCACCACUGACCCACAACAUUUGCAUUGCAAAAAUAGACGGCACGCGGCAAAGUGCAGGCACGCAACACAUUUGACGAAAAGCUCAUGGCAUUCCAGCAGGCUUAUCCCAUUGAGUCUCACCUGUGCGCUCAUUGUAGUAGUAUAUCUGACCACCAGGGGCUGUUGUUGAUUUCCAGAAUGACGGAGGUGGAGGGGGUGGUAGAGAAGCAGCUGUUGGUGCAGCCGGCAUCACAUUCGAAUACUGUUGAGCAUACCCUCCUACCUGAGCUGGUCCUCCAUAGCCACUAGCUGCCUGGUUGUAGCCUUGCUGCCCUGUGUACGGUUGCUGAUACGCUGAGUAAGCUUGCUGCAGCGGUGGCUGCUGAUACCCGUAAGAUUGUUGAGGCUGCUGUUGGUAGCCGCCAUACUGACCACCUCCUGUUCCAUAUCCACUACUAUCCAUACCGCCGGCGUAUGGAUGCUGUGGUCCAACCUCAAUAAUCUCAGCAAUCAUUUGUUUCGCCAUUUCAAUGCCUUGCCGACUUCCCUUGAUUGUAAUCUGGCAGUCUUGACCAGCAGUCACAUCCUGAUUUAUUUGAAUAUCUGUGCCGGAACGGCGUUGCAAAUCAUUAAUGGUGACACCUUUUUGACCGAUAACUCUACCCAUGAACUGUUUUUGAGCAUACGUGACAUCCACUUCGAUCCCAAAGGCCCCGCCGUGCGUCGCCUGCUGUGGUGGAUAUGUAGUAGCGACAGGCUGUUGGGGAGCGCCGUACAUGGCACCCCCACCACCGUUGUUGUAAACCGGCUGCUGUUGGUAGCCUUGCUGCGUAUAAGCUCCUCCUCCUCCAUAGCCGCCAUCAUGAGCUGCCAUCUGGGGUUGCAUGUUGAUCCCUUGAUUUGGCAUGUUAGUGUAGGGUGGACCGCUUCCCCAAGCGCUGCCACGAAGUUUUUCUUCGAUCAACAUAUCCAGCGCCUGCGACGCAUCCAUCGCCGGGUUAGUCGUCAGGAACAAGACCAUUUCCGUACCCUUAUCAACAGCCUGUACAGUUCCAGUAAUUGUGACUUGCUUUUGCCCAGGGGGAGCAGCGCCUCCAUGAUGCUCAACCUGGAUUUUCGACUGAGACUUGGCUUGCAGCUUGCGAAUCAUUUCGCCGCCGUACCCAAUAAUUUUGCCAACCGUGUUAUCAGGAACGUAAAAAAUUUCGCGCUUUGCUUCUCCCAGGGGCAAGUCAGCAUCACUGACCCCUUCUUGUGUAAUCAUGCGAACCAAGGAUUUGGCAAAGUCUACCGCUUUUCUCGUUCCGCGGUACGUAAUGCGGCGUGGUUGGCCCGUGGGUACCUUUUGAUCAACGUCGAUUCUAGCUCCCGAACGCGCUUGUAAAUCACGGAUCAUGUCGCCACCUUUGCCAAUGACACGUGCCACAUAAACAGGAGUGAGUUCGCCGUAUUCUUCGACAAUUUGUUCCGGGUUCACUACCGUGGGCUGCACCAUUGGAUCCAUUGGAGCCGGUGCCGCCGGUCCAGGAAUACCGGAAUAUGAAACUCCCGGACCUUCGGAGGGCGCAUUACAAGAAACUGGAAGCGACACGUUUUCUUGCGGCGAAACAGAUGAGAAAAACGUGGCCUCGGGUUCUACUAAUGGUUCGUCGGGCGCUGUGCCUGUUUCGGGGAGAUCCUUAUCCCCCGUUCGAUCAAUAACAAUGGCAACCUCGUCUUGGGUAGUCGUUGUUGGAAGGGUCUUUUGAUCCGGUAGCAUUUCUUCAGCAUUCUCCGCCGCAAUAUUUCCUGCCUCCGUUCCGUUAGUAAGUUCGUGUCCUUCGCCUACGUUGUCGUCGGCUUUCUUAGGUUCCGCAAGCGUAGUGUCUUCCGGAGUUUCCACGGCAUUCGAAUGGUUGUCGUCCGUUUUUGUCGCCUUGGCUGACGGCUCGUCGCUGGCAUCUGCUUCGUCUCUUUCUCGUUUCGAUCCGCUAUUCACUUCUUCUUCCGCCAUGGUAAAGAGCCCUUUGACUUUCACCAAAAACCGUACGAGUACUGGAUG